CAUCCUCGAACAAAUUAAUUUUGUACAGUAGAAUUCAAUGUCAAGAUCUCAUUCAUGCAAAGUAACGCAAUUUUGAAAAAGAUAAUUGGAUUGCCUUAGUGUGCAGUGUUAAGUGUGAUAAGAAUUAUAUGGGUUCGAAAAUGCGGCCCGUUCUGGUCAUUUAUAUUCUUGUAUUGAUGCUUUCGCUGACUCAAGCCGAGCAGAAAGACAAAGUGCAAAAGCCAGAAGUUACAAAAUUGGAAGUGGUGAACCUUGGCGAGAUCGAAGUUACGCCUAAUUCUGAGCAAACCGACAUCCAACGGAAGAGAAAUUCUGGAUACAUCUACAAUAAAUCGAAUCAUAUUUCUUCAAAUGCUCGAUUGCGCUUUCAAGGUCAUCAAUCUAGAGGUCGAAUCGUAUCUAAAUUUCCCGGUCAAUUAAGUAGACCGUUCACGAAAUAUGGACCACCGAGCCACUCGACUUCCGGUCCAAUCACACAAGGAUAUCGUUUUCAACAGAAUCGAGACAAAUUACAACAUCACGUCGGUCAACAACAAUCGAUUAGUUUCCAUGAUGGAUUAGCGGAGCAGGAAGUACCGAGUCCGAUCAGAAACAUCGAUUUCACGGAAGUAAAUCCGAUCGCCAAUCAAAAUAACGAGCCGUUCGGCAUGCACACGGCCAAUUAUUUACCACCGCAAAAUCAAAAAGUUCCAGCUUAUUCUUCAACAAAUAAUUUCGUUCCGCAGUCACUACAGAGUUCUCACGGCACAAGUUUGCGGAAUGAAAAUUUAAUGCAGACUCAGAAUCAUCAGAUCUCCGACGCUGCGCUCUUUCUGUCUGAGAACGCACAAGCGAUUCAACAACUUUACGGUGCAGCCGCGAACAGUGAGGAUUUCGCGCCUAAUCAAUCUCAAGAUAUCAGCAAUCAAAUUCAGAAUCUGAAUCAAUUUAGAGACUUUGAGAGUACCUUGCAGAACUCUCAGGAAUUUCGGGGCGCGUUGCCACCGUAUGCAUCGGGAACGCUUAAUCAAGAGACUCUGCAGCAGAUUCAGUCUUUGGAGAAAGAUCGGUUAAUUGUUCAGCUGCAACAAGCUCUCGCUCAAGCCCAGACUACUCCGAGCACGGCAGGAAGGUACGCUCAGAAUCAAGCGAGUUUCAUUCAGAAUCAGGAGCUUCUAGAAUCUAUAAGUCAACAAAUGAAAUCGCAGAUUUCGACGCCGCAAACUGUAGCUUUUAGCUCUGAAAAUACCGCUCUUAGUCAGUCGCCUUUUUUAUCAGGCACUACGGUCAAUCCUUUGAAAGGAUUUUCUUUUAACUAUGGGGUCUCGACUACCACGCCGAUUACUCCCACGACAACGGUAACUGGAAUAUCGGUCACUCGACCUCCGCAAUCAUCUAAAAGCGACGGUACUACUCAAGUAUCACCGCAAUCUGGAUCAGCCGCGGCUGGAUCUCCUGUAGGAAUUCCAGUUUACGGCGGGUUCGUACCAACCAUCAUCACGGGCACCAACUUAGUUCCUAGUUACGGUACAGGCAUCUUUACAUCUAUCAAACCUAUCCAAUCCUCCGAGACAUCACCCACUCACUUUGGGAUACCGAUUCCUACGGAACCGUCUCAAAAGCCGACAGAAUUGACGCCAUCAAUCCCGUCAACGGCAACGCCUUCAUCCACCUCUUCUGCUAAUCAACCAGGAGCUGCUUUUACGCCGGUAACUUUGCCAGUUCAACCAAUACGACCUGUUGCUCCAUUACAUCCUCUCGCGACGCCGGUACAUCCAGUCACUUCUUUGCUGCCUACAAAUCCAAUAUAUCCAGCGCAAGUCACCCCCGCUAUAACAUCUAGUAUCCAACAUACAUACGGCACGCAAACUGCAUUAAUCAACCCUUUUCUUUAUAAACCUAUCAAAACAAUAUAUCCAGUAUAUUAUUAUCCCAAUGUUGCAUAUCAACUGCAGAAGCCUACCUUGUCGAAUUAUCCAUGGAAUUACGCGCCUUCGUACACACCGGCGAAACCAACAUAAAUAUGGAAGUAAGACGUCCUUAUUCUUCGCGAACUGGAUCGUAAGUCUAUGGUAACGAGACUGACUGUUUACUCGCGCGGAAAAGAGAGAAGGAGAGAUUAAAAAGAAGAAAGUACUGUAAGGAGAAUUAUUAUCGUAGUCGCGUGAUUCUGAUAUGCUAAUAAUGCU